CAAGGUCGUAGUCGGGUCAGUUUCAUUCCUCUAGAAUAGCACAGUUCUACCGUCAUGACGUUAAUGAAGACGACCUUUGCCCAUCUCUACUCCUGGAUACUGAUUCUUGUGUUGACUGGCUCCUGCGUGGUCAGAAGCUUUGAUGAAUACAAGUUCACACAGUCAGUAUAUAAUGCAACAAUUCCCGAGAAUGUAGUCGGCAAAGUUUACGUUACACCUUCUGUUAAAAUGGGAAUAUUUAUUACGGAUUCUCAACUGAGUGUUAAUUAUAAAAUAAUAGAAGGCAACGAGAAGAACUUUUUUAAAGCAGAGGAAGUGCGUAUUGGAAACUUUUGGUUUCUUCGUAUUCGAACCAGAACCGGAAGUGACGUACUCAAUAGAGAAAAUAUUGACCAUUACGUUUUGAAGGUGAAAGGGGUGAUUAAAAUAAAGUCAAAGGCAAAAAAUUUUAAACAGAAAGCCGUAACCGAAGUUAAUAUUGAAAUACUGGAUAGAAACGACCUAAAUCCGUUAUUCCCCCCCGACAGUGACGUAUAUCACGUCACGGUCCCCGAGAACACCCCACUUUACCAGAGUAUCGCCAAAAUUGAAGUUUACGAUUCAGACGUAGGAGUUAACGGAGAGGUUUAUUUCAGCUUCAAGAGCCCCACGUUUCAGUUUGCAAUACAUCCAACAAUGGGAACUGUGUCUCUGACCCGUCCUUUAGACUACAAGAAGCAACAAGAAUACGAGUUAACCAUCGUGUCCCAGGACAGGGGACCCAAACCACGAGCUGGACGGAUAAUAGGAGUGAGCACAGCUUCUUUAAAGGUUUCCGUGUCACCGGCAAACUAUCAUGCUCCGAACAUUUUCGUGAGGCAUUUCUCCACGGUAACGGAAAGUAACAUCCCUGAUAUUUACGCCAUUGUUCACGUUACUGACGAUGACAGUGGGGAUCAUGGGGAGAUCCAAAGUUUAGAGAUCGCUGAUGGGGAUCCAUAUGGUUAUUUUGGAGUGACCAGUGGAGAAACACCAAACGAUUUUAAUAUUCAGCGCACUAGGUUUUUGGAUCGAAAGAGGGAUCCUACCGUUUUCAAUCUGACUCUUAAGGCUACCGACAGGGGUACUCCCCCUAAAUCGUCUGUUAAGACAGUCACAAUUCAGGUAACCGAUACCAGUGAUCGUCCACCCGUGUUUGAGAAACUGAAAUACCAUGUCGAGGUGGAAGAGGUGGCACCUAUAAAUACACCAAUUUUGGUGGUCAAAGCUCGAAGUGGAGUAGAAACAGCACAAAUGAAGUAUAGCAUAGACAGGGGCAACGAAGAGGAGGUCUUCAGUAUCAAUCCCACAACGGGCCUAAUCGCUACCGUCAGAUCUCUGGAUCGAGAGACGAAGUCUAAAUACUUACUUUCCGUUAGCGCUACCGAGCAAGGUUCCAAAAGAAACCGUAAAAAGGAAACCACAGUUGUGAACAUAACUGUUUUGGAUAACAAUGACAACGAUCCCGUGUUUAAUUCCUCUUCAGUUGUUACCAUUCAUUUUGAUGAAAAUAGGCCUAUUGGAAGUGUGGUUUACACGGUUCAUGCCGUAGACUCUGACGAGGGAGAAAAUGGAUACGUUUCCUACAGUCUCGCCAAUAUUAACUCCGUACCGUUUAACAUCGACCAUUUCUCCGGAAAGAUCAAAACGACAGAUGUUUUGGAUUAUGAAACUAUGAAAAGAGAGUAUUUGUUAAAAGUACGCGCGUCCGAUUGGGGUUCGCCGUUCGCACGAGAGUCCGAAAUUUCGGUGCGAGUUCUCCUAAAUGAUGUAAAUGACCACAGACCUCAGUUUGAGAAGGUGGACUGUGAGGGUUACGUAUCUGGACUGGCGGCGGAAGGAACGGAGAUUCUCACACUGUCGGCUCUGGACUUCGAUGCCGGUAGUAUUGUUAGUUACCGCAUGGUGCAUCCCGAUGACGACUCCUGUUUUCAGUUGGAUACCGUGACUGGGGUUCUGUCUUUAACUUGUGACCUGACUCAGCAGAAGUUCAAAGACAAAUAUGUUAACGUUUCGGCAACGGAUGGACAGCAUUUCGCCGACGUCAUGUCUCUUCACAUAAAAGUGAUGAGUGAGGCUCACAGCCGCUCGAUGGGAAACAUUCAAGGUCGGAGGUUUGCUAAUAAAGAUGCUUUAGUAGAAUGUCGAGAUGUGGGAGUUGUCGAGAGGAUGAAAGAGCAGAUGGAGCUGGGGAAAAAGAACAACGAAAAGGGAAUAGACCGAGAAGUUACGGAACCAACGCCUGCAAGGUACGUGUACAAUUUCCAUACUCCACAGUUUCUAAAAGGAUUACCCGCAGAGAUAGAAGUGGACGAAAAUCUCCCGAUUGGAACCAGCGUACUGACUCUGAAAGCGGAAGACAAGGAUCACGGAUAUAACGGAAAGCUAGUGUAUGUUAUUUCAAACGGAAAUGAAGACAGCAGUUUUAAAAUGGACAUGCAUACCGGAAAGCUUGUGGUGAUGGGAGAGAUUGAUAGGGAAAGACGGUCUAAGUACGUUUUGAACAUUUCGGUUUUUGACCUCGGUCAGCCUUCAAAAUCAGCUUCUAGGACAUUGGUUAUCUAUGUCCAAGACAUAAACGACAAUGUUCCCAUGUUUGAGAAGGCCACGUAUGAUUUUCAUAUCAAGGAGAAUUCUAAUAAAGGAACCAGCAUUGUCCGGCUUCGAGCCUCGGACAUGGACAAAGGUUCAAACGCCAAACUUUAUUUUUCGCUUGACUCAGACACUCGGGACUUUCACAUUAACCAUGAAAGUGGUCUUCUGACAGUAAAUGGGACACUUGAUAGGGAAAAGAUUGAUCAUUAUUGUCUCAGGGUUCGCGUGUCAGACUCGGGAAUCGACCAACCCUUUUCGUCUAGCACUGUUGUCAAUAUUUGGGUGUUAGAUGUGAAUGAUAAUCCUCCCGAGUUUAGCUCUCACCAGUUUUCGGCGAGGGUUAGGGAAGAUCAACCUGUUGGAUCUGUGGUGAUGAUUCUUUCCGCACACGAUCCUGAUCUGUCAAAUGGUGGAAAAAUUCAUUAUGAACUAGAGGGCAAUGACACCAGUACUUUCCAGAUUGACCCAGAAGUGGGCGUGGUUAGAUUAGCAGGUCCUUUGGAUUUCGAAAGUCGACCAAUUUAUAAUUUGACCAUUGUCGCACGUGACUUGGGAAAUCCCCCACUAUCGUCAAGUGCUUCUCUACUUGUGGAGGUGGAAGACGUGAAUGAAAAUGAGCAUGCACCCACCUUCUCGAAUUUCGCGGAGGAGGGCAAAGUUCGUGAGAAUCAACCAGCGGGGACCUUUGUGAUGCAGGUUAAAGCUCAAGACGAGGAUCCAGAAGGCCCGAAUAGCAAAAUAACCUACUUCAUCAGGGGUGAUGAUGGGAUGGGCAUGUUUUCUAUUGAUGAUCAAGGUAAGUGAAAGAUCCACGUGUUUUCAAAACUAUCUGGGAGAUAAAUAGUCGCUGUAUCCAUUCUGUCUUGACAUUUGUUUUGAAGGGAAAAAACAUCGAGAAAUUAACUAUCUCACUUCAAGUUUAUAGAUGAAAUAAACUCUUCUAGU